AGAAGCUAGGAUCGGACUUUUAUUAGUACACACACCACUACUCACAGUACGUAGUCGAUCUAUCUCACACACAUAUAUAUGUACACAGCAGAACAUCGAGAGCUAGCUGUGUGAGCUCUAGCCAAAUUGAGGUCGUCGUCGUCGUCGUCGUCUCGUGGAUCGAUCGCCGGCGGCCGUCGGUACGUACGUACGGUGGUGAUGGCGCGGUUCGUGGAUCCGCUGGUGGUGGGGCGGGUGAUCGGCGAGGUGGUGGACCUGUUCGUGCCCUCCAUCUCCAUGACCGUCGCCUAUGGCCCCAAGGACAUCAGCAACGGCUGCCUCCUCAAGCCGUCCGCCACCGCCGCGCCGCCGCUCGUCCGCAUCUCCGGCCGCCGCAACGACCUCUACACGCUGAUCAUGACGGACCCUGAUGCGCCUAGCCCCAGCGACCCGACCAUGAGGGAGUACCUCCACUGGAUAGUGACCAACAUACCAGGAGGAACGGAUGCAAGCAAAGGUGAGGAGGUGGUGGAGUACAUGGGCCCGCGGCCGCCGGUGGGCAUCCACCGCUACGUGCUGGUGCUGUUCGAGCAGAAGACGCGCGUGCACGCGGAGGCGCCCCGCGAGCGCGCCAACUUCAACACGCGCGCGUUCGCGGCGGCGCACGAGCUCGGCCUCCCCACCGCCGUCGUCUACUUCAACGCGCAGAAGGAGCCCGCCAACCGCCGCCGCUAGCAGCAGCGCUCUCCGGCCGGUGGUCCCAACAAGCUAGCAGGCGCGCCAGCUGAGCGUGCGUAAGUACGUACGUGCAACCACACCACACCGCCGGCGGCUACGUACGUAGUAUGACCGGUGAAUAAAAACGUUUUACUGCACCGUAAGCAUACCCCUCUGUUGGUAUAUAUGUUCACAGUGUGGCUGUCUCUGUAUGUACUAUAUAUAUAUAUAUAUAUAUAUAUAUAUAUAUAUAUAUCUGCGCUUGCAUCUAUAUAUGUAUAA